CACACGCAGACACGCACCAACUGGGAGAUCAGAACUUCUAGCUGGCUCUGCUGCCACAGCUCCAGCAAAGGGUGGGGAGGAACAGAAGAGUGCCCCAGAGUCCAGAGGAGAGGCAGGUGUGUGCAGGUACAUCACCUGGAUCAUGAGGGCAUCCUUCUCCUGGCUCCUCCCACUUCUCAUCUUGGCCUCAGUGGCCCAAGGCCAGCCGACAAGACCAAAACCUGGGAUUAGGCGUAAACCCAAGCCAAGGCCCACACCCAGUUUUCCUCAGCCCCCUGAGCCAGCAGAGCCGACAGACCUGCCUCCACCUCUUCCUCCCGGCCCUCCAUCUGUCUUCCCUGACUGUCCACGGGAAUGCUACUGCCCCCCUGACUUCCCGUCAGCCCUCUACUGUGAUAGCCGAAACCUUCGAAAGGUCCCCAUCAUCCCACCCCGAAUCCAUUACCUUUACCUGCAGAACAAUUUCAUCACUGAGCUCCCUCUGGAAUCUUUCAAGAAUGCCACGGGCCUGAGGUGGGUCAACCUGGACAACAACCGGAUUCGCAAGGUGGACCAGAGAGUGCUGGAGAAGCUUCCCGGCCUGGCAUUCCUCUACAUGGAGAAGAACCAGCUGGAAGAGGUGCCAUCAGCUCUGCCCCGGAACCUGGAACAGCUGAGGCUGAGCCAGAACCUCAUUUCCAGGAUCCCGCCUGGAGUGUUCAGCAAGCUGGAGAACCUGCUGCUCCUGGAUCUGCAGCACAAUCGGCUGAGCGACGGCGUCUUCAAGGCCGACACCUUCCAGGGUCUCAAGAACCUCAUGCAGCUCAAUCUGGCCCACAACAUCCUGAGAAAGAUGCCCCCCAAAGUCCCCCCAGCCAUCCACCAGCUCUACCUGGACAGCAACAAGAUCGAGACCAUCCCCAAUGGGUACUUUAAGGACUUCCCCAACCUGGCCUUCAUCCGCAUGAACUACAACAAACUGUCAGAUCGAGGGCUCCCCAAGAACUCCUUCAACAUCUCCAACUUGCUGGUGCUCCACCUGUCUCACAACAAGAUCAGCAACGUGCCGGCCAUCAGCAACAAGCUGGAACACCUGUACCUCAACAACAAUAGCAUAGAGAAAAUCAACGGGACCCAGAUUUGCCCCAACAACCUAGUGGCCUUCCAUGACUUCUCCUCGGAUCUGGAAAACGUGCCCCACCUGCGCUACCUGCGGCUGGACGGAAAUUUCCUGAAACCACCCAUCCCGCUGGACCUCAUGAUGUGCUUCCGCCUCCUGCAGUCCGUGGUCAUCUAGGCUGUGCCCAGAGCUGGACCUCCUCUGACAGCACUUGAAGGCUGGUGGCCCAAGCUCUGGGGUCCACUGUUUUUAUCUGUCUCCCUCUCUCGCUCCCAGCCCUGCCUUUCCUCUCGUCCCUUCGUGAGGAUGCUAAAUACCGUAUAACCUGCUCUGGCUCUAAAGCAAGAUUCCCCACCCAACCCAAAGACACCCUGUCAGCCAAAACCUCUGCUCUUCUUUGGUCUCCCUUUGCUUCAGAAACACAGGUGUACGCCAACAGACACAUCCCCUCCCCUCCUCCACGCCACAAGUCUCUCAUGGGUAAGGCUGGGCCAUGGACUGACAUCUUAUUUUAGUCUUAGCCGAGUCAGAAGCAGAAGUCAUUCCAGAGGUGAACCCUGGAAAGUUCCUCCUUUGAGAACUCCUCCAUUUGGGCAGCUCUGUCUCAAGAAGGCCGACAAAUCCAGGUCUCCUAGGCCCGAGAUCCCUUCCAAAGCUGUUCUCUGCCACUGUUUCCUGUCACCAGACAGAUGUCACCCUGUUCCCUGCUGUCUCGACUACUUCAGAAAGGAAGUGUGGGGGAAUGACUAAGGUGGGGUGGAGGGUCAGGGUUUCCCCACAGCCCUUCCUCCUCUUCCUGUCUCCCUCCUUUGGGGCAAACACAGUACACACCCUCCUGGCUGGGCCUCAGAAGGGAACAGCCUGGGACAAAGUGGUGCAAGGAACUAGACUUUAGCUAAUAGGAGGGUAGCUGGGGGGUCAGAGCCCAAAACUGGGCCUGUGUGGAUGUAGCUGAGCCUUGCAAUCUCCCUUACCCAAACCUGACAGGAGGCUCUAAGCCCUGGAGGACAGACUUUACAAUGGAGGGCCAAGAGGCGUCACACCCGACUCAUCUGCUCUCUAUUAAGUGCAGAGACUCAGUCGGGUCAUCCCACCCCAAGGGCAGUUCUUGAGAAACGGAGGAAGAGGUGGAGCACCUGGGAAUCUCCCAGAAGCCUCUUCCACACUGGGGAGUAGCCUCUCCCUCUAAGGCCAACUCAUCAGCGACAUCUGGUGGCCGGUGGGGUGAUACUGCAAUUCCCUGAUUCCCAUGGGCUUUCUCCUACUGGGUCUGAAGGAAAGGGCAGAGGCUGGGGGUUCGUUCCUGUCAGGGGUGAUUGUGAAUGGGAAGUCUUUGAGAGUCUAAGGGAAGCUAGUUUGACAGAGGCCUUGCCAGGGCUCUUUUGCUCUCGGCUUCCACAUCUGUAAACUGAGGCAGUAAGUUCCUCUCAGAGCUCCUGUUUCAUGUCUCUGCACCCUCUUCUAGAGCACACCUAACGCAGGACAAGUGGCAUCACCCACCCUCCCUCUGCGGUAAUUUAUUCUCUGCAUAGAGUGUCCCUGCCCCGCAGACUUGCCACCUUCCUUUCCUAGCCCAGGCGAGCAGCUUGGCGGGUUUCCAAGAACCUGGGCUUCCUGCCUUUCUCUUCCCUUCUCCUCCCUCACGGGAAGGCUGCCUUUGCCCUGCCACAGUUCCCUGGGUGGAGGAGGAGGAGGAGAAUGUGGAGAUGAAUGUUCUAGAAGCGAGUGAAGCACAGGACCCAUCCUCCUUAGGCUGGGGAAGCCUCUGGAGGCUUUAUCCUCUCCCCCAAGAUGGUGUCACACAACUGUUUUAAGACAUUGGAUUAGGCUGGGCCCUAUAGUCCAGAAACCCCAUUUAUAUUCUCCAUCACCUUUCUCGCUAUUGAAAAGAGUGCCCACUUCACACAGCCUCUUUUCCCUGCUGUGCAACUUCCUUGCCCUUCCUAGUUGCAGCUGGUUUCUCCAAGGCUCCUGCUUAAGUCAAUGUAUCAUUAUGGCUGAAAGCAACCUGGUGCUACGGCCUGGACAAGCCCCUUCUGCUACUAUGACAACCUGCAACCUUUGCCCCUUCAGGAGACCCACAGGGAUCACAGCUCCUGUGGCUGCUAAGGAUGGGGGUGGGCACUGAUCCUGUAAACCUGAACUAGCACCCCACCAUCAACAUCCCAUUAUCCAACCUGGACCUUGCCAGCUUCCUCCACCACUCUCUGCAGCCGUCAGCUAGAGGGGCAAACUGUAAACUGGCUUUACAGGAAACAUAUGCACAUGGUGCUGGUUACCUGGGGGUUUAGAAACCCCCUCCUCACACAAGUUUAUUCAAUCAGAACCAUUAGCAUUUAUACGUGCAGGUGCAUGUGUGUGCAUGUGUGUGCGCGUGCACAUGCGCGUGCCAGCUCUCACCCUGUACAUCUUACCUAGUCUCCAAAAGACCAUGUUAACUCUGAUACAGCUUCCGCAUUCCAACAAGCUUCACAGCAGAGGAAAUAAAGUCAUAUGGA